AGGACGGAGGCAUAGCAGCUACGGCAACCAGGACGACGGCGGCGGUGGCUGGGGGAGGGGCGAGCUUAAGCCUGAGCACGGCCUCGAACCGCCGGCGCAGGCUUACGCAGGCGCCGCACGGCUAGCGUCGGCGCUCUGACGCGCUGACGGCAUUUGUGAGCUCGCGGGAGGUGUGGCCUGCAGGAGAGGCGCAGCCCUGCUUGCCGGGACGCAGUGUGGGCGGGAUUGGGCGGGUAGUAGAGAAACCGGCCCAAUGGAAAAGCGGGCUUCAAGCACUCGCCGCCCGGCGGGUCGCCAGACAUUUCGCAGCGUGAGCCAUGGGCGGAGUUUGAGAAAAGGGCCACGCCCAGUGAGUGGAGCUGAAGCGAUUGGUCGGCGUCGACAGCAGGGGGCGGAAAGGGGGAGGGGACUGACGGUAGGCGGCCCGAAACUGGCUGAAGGGGUUUGAUGGAGCUUUAGGGGUAGGAUUUGAGCAGGGGGCGGGAUCUAGGAAAGGGGCAGUCCCCUGAGGAGUGGGGCUUGUGGAAACGUUAGGGGCGGGAUCUGGCCAAGUGGAAGGUGUGGGUCCGGCCCGAUAAGGGGUGGAGUUAAGUGGAUCGUUAAGGGUGGAGUCCAGGCCGGAGCUGGGUCUGAGUCUGGCUGAGUGAAAGGAACCGCGUCAGGGGUGAAGUCUCCCCGACCAUGACCUCCACGGGCCAGGAUUCCACCUCAACCAGGCAGCGAAGGAGUAGGCAUAACCCCCAUUCGCCCCCCCACGACUCCAGCGUCACCUCGAAGCGAGGUGUUAAGAAGGGUGCCAUACUCUCCUCCAGCCCUAGUCUAGCAGAGGUAAAGAAGAAAGGCAGAAUGAAGAAGCUCAGCCAAGCAGCAGAGCAAGACCUAAUCAUGGACCUGCGAAGGCUGGAUCUGAACCUUGAGGCCAAGACACUGUCUGGCACUGGUUUGGUGUUCGAUGAGCAGCUAAAUGAAUUCCACUGCCUCUGGGAUGACAGCUUCCCUGAAGGCCCUGAACGACUCCAUGCCAUCAAGGAACAGCUGAUCCAGGAGGGCCUCCUGGACCGCUGUGUGUCCUUUCAGGCUCGAUUUGCUGAAAAGGAUGAGCUGAUGUUGGUUCACAGCCUAGAAUACAUUGAUCUGAUGGAGACGACCCAGUACAUGAAUGAGAGAGAGCUCCGCAUCCUAGCAGACACCUAUGACUCAGUUUAUCUGCAUCCGAACUCCUAUACCUGUGCCUGCCUGGCCUCAGGCUCUGUCCUCAGGCUGGUGGAUGCUGUCCUGGGGAAGGAGAUACGGAAUGGCAUGGCCAUCAUCAGGCCUCCUGGACACCACGCCCAGCACAGUCUUAUGGAUGGGUAUUGCAUGUUCAACCACGUGGCCGUGGCUGCCCGCUACGCUCAACAGAAGCAUGACAUUCAGAGGGUCCUUAUCGUGGAUUGGGAUGUUCACCACGUUGGAUCCUGCCAGCUAAGAGCUAUAUGUCCCCUGUGGGUCUCCAACAUCACAGGAUUUGCCUUGCUGCCACCACCUUGGUCACAGGGCGUCCUCUAUUUCUCCAUCCACCGUUAUGAGCAGGGUCGGUUCUGGCCCCACCUUAAGGCCUCUAACUGGUCCACCAUAGGUUUUGGUCAUGGCCAGGGAUAUACCAUCAAUGUGCCUUGGAACCAGGUGGGGAUGCGAGAUGCCGACUAUAUUGCCGCUUUCCUGCACCUCCUUCUGCCGGUCGCCCUUGAGUUCCAGCCCCAGCUGGUCCUGGUGGCCGCUGGAUUUGAUGCCCUUCGAGGGGACCCCAAGGGCGAGAUGGCCACCACUCCAGCAGGGUUCGCUCAGCUAACCCACUUGCUCAUGGGUCUGGCAGAAGGCAAACUGAUCCUGUCUCUGGAGGGUGGCUACAACCUUCGUUCCUUGGCUGAGGGCGUCAGUGCCUCACUCCACACCCUUCUGGGAGACCCUUGCCCCAUACUGGAGUCCCCUGGCGCCCCCUGCCCAAGUGCCCUGGUGUCACUGUGCUGCGCUCUGGAAGCCCUGGAGCCCUUCUGGGAGGUCCUUGUAAGAUCAGUUGAGACCCCGGAGGAGGACAUCCUGGAGGAAGAUAGCGCAGAGGAGAAGGAUGAAGAGGGACUGUGGCGGCCCCCAGCGCUCCCAAUCCUGACGUGGCCCAUGCUACAGGCUCGCACAGGGCUGGUCUAUGACCAGCGGAUGAUGGGUCACCACAACUUGUGGGACAACCACCACCCAGAGAUGCCUCAGCGAGUCUUACGAAUCAUGCAGCGUUUGGAGGAGCUGGGCCUUGCGGGGCGCUGCCUCACGCUGCCCGCACGUCCCGCCAUGGAAGCCGAACUGCUCACCUGCCACAGUGCUGAGUACGUGGGUCGUCUGCGGGCCACAGAGAAGAUGAAAACCCGGGAGCUGCACCGCGAGGGUUCCAACUUUGAUUCCAUCUACAUCUGCCCCAGCACCUUUGCCUGUGCGCAGCUGGCCACUGGCGCCGUCUGCCGCCUGGUGGAGGCUGUGCUGGCGGGAGAGGUUUUGAAUGGUACCGCUGUGGUGCGUCCCCCAGGACACCAUGCUGAGCGGGAUGCCGCUUGUGGUUUCUGCUUUUUUAAUUCUGUGGCUGUGGCUGCUCGCCAUGCCCAGGCCAUCAGUGGGCAGGCGCUGCGGAUCCUGAUAGUGGACUGGGACGUCCAUCAUGGUAAUGGAACUCAGCACAUAUUUGAGGAGGACCCCAGCGUACUGUACAUUUCCCUGCACCGGUAUGACCAUGGCACCUUCUUUCCCAUGGGGGAGGAGGGUGCCAGCAGCCAGAUAGGCCGGGCCGCAGGCACUGGCUUCACUGUCAACGUGGCCUGGAAUGGACCCCGUGUGGGUGACGCCGACUACCUGGCUGCAUGGCAUCGCCUGGUGCUUCCUAUUGCCUACGAGUUUAACCCAGAGCUGGUGCUGGUCUCAGCGGGCUUUGACGCCGCAUGGGGGGACCCACUGGGGGGCUGCCAGGUGUCGCCUGAGGGCUAUGCCCACCUCACCCACCUGCUGAUGGGCCUUGCCAAUGGCCGCAUUAUCCUAAUCCUAGAGGGUGGCUAUAACCUGACAUCCAUCUCGGAGUCCAUGGCUGCCUGUACCCGCUCCCUCCUUGGGGACCCACCCCCACUGCUGACCUUGUCGCGGCCCCCACUAUCAGGGGCCCUGGCCUCAAUCACCGAGACCAUCCAAGUCCAUCGCAGAUACUGGCGCAGCUUACGGGUCAUGAAGGUGGAAGACAAGGAGGAGGAACCCUCCCUUUCUAAGUCAGUCACCAACCCUGGGUCAGCUAAGAGGAUGACCACACCAGAAAGGAACAUUCUGGAUGCAGGCACAGAGAAGGCUGUCUCAGCAUCAUCUGUGGAAGAGUCCACUCUAGGCCAACCUAAGUCAGAGACUGCUAUGGUGGAGCUCAGUCAGGACCAGUCCUUGGAGGCUCCCACACAGAAAGCCAUGCUGGACCAGACCACCUCACAGGCAGCCACAGUGGAGGCCACAGCAGGCCAGACCACCUCAGAGGAGGCUGUUGGGGGAGCUGAGAUGAUCCAAACCCCUCCAGCUUUAUGUACUGACAACCAGACUCCCACAGCCUCACCUGAGCAAGGUGCCACAUCCCAAAUAUCCCCCAGUGAGCUGAUUGAGAAUCUCAGGACCUUGGAACUAAACUGCAAGGCUCAGGAGGCACCAGAAUCUCAGAUCCCAGAAGAGGAUAAGCUACUGGGAGAGGCAGCUGGAGGUCAGGACAUGCUGAUUCAGAGCUUUGGGGUCCAUGCUAACACUGACCAGGCCAUCUUUUAUGCUGUGACACCUCUGCCCUGGUGUCCCCAUUUGGUGGCAGUAUGUCCCAUACCUGAAUCAGGCCUGGACGUGACCCAACCUUGUCAGGACUGUGGAACACUCCAGGAGAACUGGGUGUGUCUGUCUUGCUAUCAGGUCUACUGUGGUCGUUAUGUCAGUGCCCAUAUGCUGCAACACCACGAAGGGUCAGGACACCCGCUGGUCCUCAGCUACGUCGAUCUGUCUACCUGGUGUUACAGCUGUGAGGCCUAUGUCCACCACCAGUCUCUCCUAGAAGUGAAGAACAUCGCCCACCAGAAAAAGUUUGGGGAGGACAUGCCCCACUCACACUGAAUCCCAGGAUGUGCUCCUCUUCUCCACCUUCUGAGGCCCUGGAUGAAGGGCAGCCUCACUCCAUCCCAUCCUGAAGACUCUUUUCAACUCCCCAAGGGUGCUGAUUUAAGCGUAAAUACUUGUAAGAUGAUUGUGAUGAUCAGUUGUAAAUCUCCGUCUGCCCACUGCCUACUUGAGGGACUCUAUCUACUCUGCCCUGGGAGGAAAGGAGGGUAGCUCAGUGGUCCCAAGAGGGGCUGAUAACACUAAGCUGAUGCUUUGUUGGGAGGGGGAUCAACUGGCAGAUACAGCAGAGUUGCAUAUGUAAUAAAGUACAAGCUGUUACAAAACCUGGAGAGAGCCUUUUAACCUUGAGUGGGUACAGAACCCCAUACCCCUGGCCAACGGGUCUGAUGAGUAACGAAGGAAUGAGGGCAUGGGUCUCUGGUCAACCCCCUGCCCAUCCAGUAUCCAAAGAACUAACUGGAAAUAGGGCAGGUGGCUUGGCUAGUUGUACUAUAGAUUAAAUGGUGGAAUCCCUAGGAAAAUAUGUGCCUGCCUCAGAAAUAGCCUCACAGCCAGUCACAGCUACACCCUGGGCUGAGUGAGCAAGAAAACUAUCAGGAAGUGUCCUCACCAGGCCUCUCUCCCCAUCUCUCUUUUUGUCCUGAUUUGGGGGUGGGGAGUCUAGGUUUAACGUACUUAGACUUGGUGGUCAUGGAUAACUUCCUGGGAGGAAGGAGUUCCUACCAUUGACCAGGGAUGAGGAAUUGGAGGAUAGUUUGGACGUUUUAUUUCUCCCAUAUAAUGAGAAUUGCUUUGGCAACUCAGAACAGAGUCUGGGC